UCUUUUACAAUUAAAUGAUGAGUGAUUAUCAAUGUGUUUGUCACAUUCCGAAAGCCAAGGUUGAACUAACAGCUUGAAGAAUUAAACAGGGAAACUGAUAAGAAAUUAACAGCUUGGUGGUAUAAAUUCCUCGCUGGUAGUGGAGAAUUCUCCAUCGAUUCCCACAAUUAUAAAUUUAUAAUUGGAAUGGAUGUUUCCCAUGGCUCACCUAGACGUGCAGAUGUGCCCUCAAUUGCUGCGUGGUAGUGAGCUCCAGUGCGUAUUUCUCGUUAAAGAGCUGUUAUCCGCACAAAGUCACCAAAUGGUACUCGUGACAUUUUCAGAAGGUCAAUCUCAACUUCUUUCAGCUGCUCUUGAGGUUAUUUAUGAAGCAUUAGAUGGACAUAUAAUUGGUUGGAAGAAAGCUCAAAUGAGAGAUUCUCAAAUGGAACUGAGCGUGAAAAGGGCUGUCAAUGGCACCCCCAGGAGAUGUUGCGGUUGUGGUUGCAGCUCGGUCUGUUUGCAUUAUAGUGCUGGGACGCUAUGGUGCAGCUGGCAGGGAGGUGUUAUGAUGCGUAAUGGGCAAAGUGGCUGUUCCCCUUGUCACCUAGCUUGUGUUAGUUAGUAGUUUUUAUUAUUAGCCUAGUAUAGUCUAGUGUUAGUUAUGUGCUAGCAUGGGACUUGGGGCCACAUGUCAUAGCCCCGGGGGCCUUCGUUUGUAAUCUUUAUUUAUUUAUUGUUUGUUUUGCUUUUUUUGGGAUUUAGGCCAUGUAGGGCCUAACU